CCCAAAGGCAAAACGUCACCUUUCCUUUGGUGAGCAAGGUGUGUUCACGUGAGGUUGUGUGGUUCCUCAAAAUAGGUCACACAAUCUUCACAAUUUCGUGAAACAUUGUUCUAAAAUAUAAAAAAAAACACAAAAUUACAAAAACCCAAAAAAAUAGAAAAAUUAUAUAAAAUAAACGGGAAUCGUUCAAUUAUAAGUUAGUGUGCGUAAGCGUGCAACGUGGUCUAAGGAAUGCGAUAGAUAAGCGUCAAGAGAAAGUGAAGUUGCUUAAACACCAGAGACUUAUUAAUGCUAUAUUUUUUACGAUUCCAAUAAAAGAAUUAAAAUGAAUCCCGGGCCACCAAAUUACCCGAUGGCAUCUCUCUAUGUCGGGGAUUUGCACUCUGAUAUUACUGAGGCCAUGUUGUUUGAAAAGUUUUCUACAGCAGGUCCUGUACUCUCUAUUCGAGUAUGUCGAGACAUGAUAACUCGAAGAUCUUUGGGGUACGCAUAUGUGAAUUUUCAACAGCCCGCAGAUGCUGAGAGGGCCUUGGAUUCUAUGAAUUUUGACAUGAUAAAAGGUAGACCAAUAAGGAUUAUGUGGUCGCAGCGUGAUCCCUCUCUACGUAAAUCGGGAGUAGGAAAUGUGUUCAUUAAAAAUCUUGAUAAAUCUAUUGAUAAUAAAGCUAUGUAUGAUACUUUUUCUGCCUUUGGUAAUAUAUUGAGUUGCAAGGUAGCUCAAGAUGAAAAUGGCGGUUCUAAGGGAUAUGGAUUUGUACAUUUUGAAACAGAAGAAGCAGCUAAUAAAUCAAUUGACAAAGUAAAUGGCAUGCUGCUCAAUGGAAAGAAAGUUUACGUUGGUAGAUUCAUUCCUCGUAAGGAACGUGAAAAGGAAUUGGGAGAGAAAGCCAAGCUCUUUACAAAUGUAUAUGUUAAGAAUUUUGGAGAAGACUACUCUGAUGAAAUGCUUAAGGAUAUGUUUGAAAAAUAUGGACGCAUCACCAGCCAUAAAGUGAUGUACAAAGACGAUGGAGCUUCUAGAGGUUUUGGAUUUGUUGCUUUCGAAGAUCCUGAUUGUGCUGAGAGAGCUUGCAUGGAGCUUAAUGGAAAAGAACUUGUUGAAGGCAAGCCAUUAUAUGUGGGCCGUGCACAAAAGAAAGCUGAGCGUCAAAAAGAACUCAAACGUAAAUUUGAACAACUCAAGUCUGAACGUUUAACUCGCUACCAAGGUGUAAACCUUUAUGUCAAAAACUUGGAUGACACUAUUGAUGAUGAACGUCUACGUAAAGAAUUUGCACCAUUUGGAACUAUAACAUCUGCUAAGGUAAUGCUUGAAGAUGGGCGCAGUAAAGGAUUUGGGUUUGUAUGCUUUUCAUCACCUGAAGAAGCUACUAAAGCUGUUACAGAGAUGAAUGGACGCAUUGUUGGCACUAAGCCACUCUAUGUGGCAUUAGCUCAAAGAAAAGAAGAUCGUAAGGCUCAUUUGACUUCACAAUAUAUGCAACGUAUGGCAAGUAUGAGAAUGCAACAGAUGGGACAAAUGUUCCAACCUGGAAGUGCUGGUGGUUACUUUGUCCCAACAAUACCUCCUGCCCAAAGGUUCUAUGGUCCAGCCCAAAUGACCCAAAUUAGACCUUCGCCACGCUGGACUCAACCUCCUGUAAGGCCUAGCACUCAGGCGGCUGCUUCUGCUUAUCCAAAUAUGCAGGCACCAUUCCGGCCAGCACCUCGCGGACCAACUCAGGCUACCCUCCGCACAUCACUAGGUGCUAGACCUAUUACAGGCCAACAAGGUGUACCAGCUGCUACAUCUAUCCGUGCUCCUAUUGUGACAAGUGGUCGACCAGCAGGUUACAAAUAUACAUCUAACAUUCGUAAUCUUCCAGCACCACAACCUGCAGUUCAUAUCCAAGGUCAAGAACCCUUAACUGCGACUAUGUUAGCUGCUGCUCCCUUACAAGAACAAAAACAAAUGUUAGGCGAGCGUUUAUUCCCACUUAUUCAAAGGAUGCAUCCAGAUUUGGCUGGAAAAAUAACUGGUAUGCUGUUGGAAAUUGAUAAUUCUGAGCUUCUUCAUAUGUUAGAGCAUGGAGAGUCUCUAAAGGCUAAGGUAGAUGAGGCUGUUGCUGUUUUGCAAGCUCACCAAGCUAAACAGCAAGCCACUAAGAAGGAAUAAUUUUUUUGCUCAUUUCAGAGCCGUUUAUUUUUCUUUGCUAAUUUCUUUUAUUUUUGCUUUUUACAUCAUAAUGUAAAGAGUCCCGGUCAUAAAAAACUAAUAAAUAAAAAUUGUAAAAAAAAAAUUAAAAUAUGUGGAAAGCAUUAUUCCUAAACACAUUUAUAGCAUAAUAGGAUGUGCAUCCACAAACAAAAACAUUGCAACUGUCAACAUUUAUAUAUUGUCAUUAUAAUAGGCUAUAUUAUUAUAUAUAACUGGGCACCUUUCGACUUUCUACUUUGACCAAGAAGUUUAUUUUAAGUUAAGUCUUUAAAGUUCACUUUAAUUUCCUUAUCCUUAAUAUGGAGUUGGCUUUUGUUCUUGCAAUGUAUUUUUUCUGCCAGUUGUGGAUUGGAUAUUUAUCUACCUUGUAUUGAAAACAUGGUCGCCAAUGUAUCUAUCUGGCAAUAUGUAUUCCUUUGUUACAUAUUAUAUUUAUGAAAUAAAAAACAGGUUCUUUUAUUUCAUAAUGUGUAUUACAUUAUGAGUAAUCUAAAAAAAAUUGACAAAUAUUCUUUGUCAUAAUUUUUUUUUAAAUUUAAAUAGGUAAGAAAAGGGUAUGAGGAAAAUCCUAUUUUCUAGUUCAAAAAGACAACAGGUUCCUUCUGAUUAUUUGUUGCAUCGUUAAUCUUUUACUUACAAAAUCAGUGUAUGAUUUGUAAAAAAAAUUAGUAGAUACUAAUUUUCCAUCUGUCUUAAUUCUAUUACUAUUCGACGAAACCUAUCGUAAAUCGUAAUAGCGAUUCGAAAAAUAAAACCAAAUGACUAAAGAUUAAAAUUUAUAACCCUUACAGCUUAAAAGUAAUUUAAAAAAAGAUGUCGCCAAUAUGUAUUUUCACUAGAGAACAUUGUUUAUGUAUACCUACUCUUCAUUUUUUUUAUUAUUUGUUAACAAUUUCUAUUAAAUUAUCCACAUCUGUUGACAAUGUGGAAAUUGAAAAAUUAUACAAACAAGGUCAUCUAUUAGCAAGGAUUUUGCUUGUGGUGUUUGAUUUUUUUAAACAGUGUGUAAAAGAUUAAUACUAACAUAAUAAAGACAAUUUUUAAACUCAA